AUGCCCAUCUGUAUCGAAUGCAGACAUCCCGUUAAGACGCUUUGGACGGCAUAUUCUGGUGCAGGGGAUAAGGCGAGUGGACACAAUAUUCGACUUACUGUCUGUCGCAACUGCGGCUCCUUCUGCGACAAGUAUGUUGAGCAUGACUUUGUCGUCUUAUUCAUAGACCUGGUUCUUAUAAAACCUCAGGUCUAUCGGCAUUUGUUGUAUAACACCCUCAUGCGUGACGAUGAUCGUCUAGAUCCUUCUAUCAUUCGUCUUGGUAUUCUACUACUUCUCUUUGAUGUUUACUUGACGUGGGCACGACUAGAAAAGCAGACAGUACCUGACGCCCUGCCAGGGGCAAGUAAUCUGGGCAGACUGGCACAACAACCAAUUGUUCUUCAAUACCUCUUCUUCCUCGUCUUUUGCGCCCUCUCUACAGCAGCGUUCCAUGUGAGCAUACGCUUCCUCACAUCGUCUGCAUUCUCACCUCUCAAUCUUCUGGGCAUCCUGCCUCAGUACACAAGGCCAAACUCAGUGUCUACAGCUCUUUUGGUCUCGUCAUCUACCAAGCUUUUCCCCAUACUGAUGGUGAUUUGGGACUAUGACGUCCCUGCCUCAGCUCGUUCCCUUGGUUGGGCUGUCGUGGCCAACAAUGUCGAAGCUCUCCGCAUCCUUCUCGAUUGCGGAUAUGUAACAGCAUGCUUUCUCGCCAUCGCAGGAGCAGCAUCGCGCUGGGUUGUCGGUCGAGCGGUUUUGCUUGCUGCUGGUCUUGCGGACGUUGACUCAAUAGGCGAAAGCGGUGUGGCAGCUGAUGGUAAAGCGCUAUGGGCAUUGUUGAUGUAUGCAAGGGAAUGGGCAGGUCGUCUCGCUGUUGGAUAG